AUGGGGGUACCGGCACCAAAACCAGGAUUUCUUGGAAUGUUACCACUUUAUGCCAAAAAGGGAAUAAUUGGAAUGGAUUUAGAAAUGACAGAGAAAUAUGGAAGAGUUUCUGGUAUAUUCCAUGGUAGAAUCCCAGCAUUAUUGAUAUCAGACGCUGAGAUGAUCAAACAAAUAUUUGUGGAAGAUUUUUCCAAGUUUGUUAAUAGAAACAGAUUUGUUCCAAGUGUAAAUAUGAUGAAGAAAGCUGUAUCAAAUGUGGAGAAUGAAGAAUGGAAAUAUAUGAGAAGUAUUAUUACCCCGACUUUUAGCUCAGCUAAAAUGAGAGAGAUGUGUUCCAGUAUUAAUUUAUGUUGUGAUAGAUUGGUAAAGAAGUUAGCAUCUAAAAUAGAUCCUGAUAAGGCUAUCAAACUGGAUGAAUUGUGUCAGAGUUAUACUAUGGAUGUGAUUGCUGCAACAUCAUUUGGUUUAGAUAUAGACAGUCAUAAUAACCCCGACAAUUCAUUUUUCAAGAAUGCUAAACGUACUCUCAACUUCAGUUUUUCUCUUAACAUAAUCGUUUUGUGUAUGAUGUUUCCAUUUCUGACUGAUAUUUUGGAUUAUUUGAAUAUUGGUCAUAUACCUAAAGAUAGUGCUGAAUAUUUUAUUAAUGUUGUUAACCAAGCGUUAGACGAUAGAAAAGCUGACUCAUCGACAAGAAGAGAUUUCCUGCAAUUAAUGAUGAAUGCUCAAAAAGAAAAUUCUGAGAAUAGUGGCCGAGGGUUGACAAAAGAUGAAGUUCUAGCAAACAGUUUAUUUUUCAUAAUGGCUGGGUUCGAUACCACGUCCCUGACCAUCGCCUUCACUCUACACUGUAUAGCUAUUCACCCUGAGGUUCAAGAACGUGCCUUUAGAGAAAUCCAAUCGAAAUUAGGAGAGAGAAAACCAAAUUAUGACAACGUGAAAGAAUUGGAAUAUCUGGAUAUGAUUAUAUCAGAAACAUUACGACUUUAUCCACCAGCCACAAGAUUAAACAGACGUGCUAAUUGUGAUACCACUGUUAAAGGGUUGUUUAUACCUAAAUCUAUGGUCAUAAUGAUUCCACUGUAUACUUUACACAGAGAUCCUGAAUACUGGAUUGAUCCUGAAGACUUCAAUCCUGAAAGAUUUUCUCCGGAAAAUAAGCAUACUAUCAAUCCAUAUGCUUAUAUGCCGUUCGGUGCCGGACCUAGAAACUGUGUAGGGAUACGGCUAGCCAACCUGGUAACUAAGAUAGCUAUUGUAACUUUAUUACAGAAUUUUCAAUUCAUACAAACACCUGAAACAGAGGUGAAACCAAAACUGGCCACGGGGGGAUUUGUGAGACCACAAAAUGGUACAUGGUUACAAGUUAGAUCACGCUAA